GUCACUACCUAGAACUAAAGAUGUUGAUUGCACGUGCUUUGAUAGUGUUUUUCUGCUUUACCGUUGUGACAAGCUAUACCCCCAACCGGCGUAAUUUACGCUCUUCGUCAUUUCUCAACGAUUAUGCGCCGUCCAAUGAUCAGAAAGAACGGAAAGAACUGUUUCCACAAAGAGAUUUAUUCCGUUCACACAUGGCGGAUAAUCAGAGAUUUAACAACCAAAUGAAGAGAGAGAGGCUGCCGUACUCUUUUGAUUUUGUGAGACCUAGAUAUAGAGCAGUUGAAAAUGAUUUUGAACAACGGCGACGUGAUUACUUCAAGAGAAAUUUCCAGUUGCGACGAAGUGAUUUUUUAAAACGAGAAAUAGAUUACCAGAGGUGUUUUGAUUCAUGCAAAGACACUCCAAACCCGACAGGAUGCUGUCAAACUAUAUGUGUAAGUACCAUUACUGGUGUUGGUCGAACCCUUAAUUUUGUAUCUCAACUCCGCUAAAAAAGAGAUUAAGCUAUGUAUAUAUUGGUUGAAACAAAAAUAAUAGCACUUGAAUAAUUCAUAGUCCAAAAAUGCAAAAGAUAUCUUUUGUGCAAAUAAAGCGUGGUUUCUCAGACAAAAGCAACUACCUGGAAGUUGUCUUUAAAUAAACAAAAUUGUAUACACGACUUGUGUAAACCUUUGUAAAAAUCUUUCUAGCUCUGUCUGCUAAAAAAGCUAGCUAACUGUGGAAAAUUACUUAUUCAUCAUAAUAAAUUCUAUCCGUUAUUAUUC